GAGUCUGCGAGUCGCGAGAGUGCCAAAAAGAUGCGUUUAAGCUGAUCAUAGCAGAGGCAAUCGAAUCAUUCGCACUGCCGCGGACGGUCACGACACAUCGAAGGUCGUUGAAGGGCAUCUGCACAGGGCACCUCCGAUUCGGGCCGUCUCUCUCGAAUCAAACAUGCAGGAUCCUCUUGAGCAAUUGUGCAAGUCGGACACCAUCAACCUCCGGCAGAAAUACGUGGGUCCAUCGUGCACACUUUUCUUUAAAUCGGACCCUCUGAAAAUUAUGCGAGCAGAGGGUCAGUACAUGUACGACGAAAGAGGCCAAAAAUACUUGGAUUGUAUCAACAACGUCGCCCAUGUUGGACACUGUCACCCUGAGGUUGUGAAGGCGGGGUGCGACCAAAUGGCCACCCUGAACACCAACAACCGCUUCCUCCAUGACAACCUGGUUGUGUGCGCCCAAAAACUGACCAGUUUGCUGCCUGAGCCCCUUUCCGUCUGCUUCUUCGUCAACUCGGGCUCAGAGGCCAACGACCUUGCCCUGCGGCUGGCGCGAACCUACACCAAAAACAACGACAUCGUCAUUCUCGACCAUGCUUACCAUGGUCAUCUCUCCACUUUGAUUGACAUUUCGCCGUAUAAGUUUAAUUUGCCCGGUGGCGAUGGGAAACAGGAAUGGGUCCAUGUGGCUCCGAGUCCUGACGGCUACCGAGGCCAGUACACCAAGGAAAACUAUCCUGGAGAAGAUUUGGGCUCUCUGUACUCUGAAGAAGUCAGAGCCCUUUGCAAGGAGGCUAAAAACAGUGGCCGAUCUGUGGCUGGAUUCAUUGCUGAGAGUAUGCAAAGCUGCGGUGGGCAAAUCAUUCCUCCCGCCAACUACUUCAGAAACGUUUACAAGAUCAUCAGAGAAGCCGGAGGUGUCUGUAUUGCCGACGAGGUGCAGACUGGCUUCGGGCGAGUAGGGAAGUACUGGUGGGCCUUCCAGCUGCAGGGCGACGACAUUAUUCCAGACAUAGUGACAGUUGGCAAGCCAAUGGGGAAUGGACAUCCAGUGGCGGCAGUGAUCACAACCAGGGAAAUUGCACAAAGUUUUAAAAACACUGGAGUUGAAUACUUCAACACAUACGGAGGCAACCCUGUGUCCUGUGCUGUUGCCCUUGCGGUUAUUGAAACCAUCGAGAAGCAGAACUUGCGUGAAAACGCAACUAGGGUCGGAAACCACCUGAUCAACUCGCUUAAAAUCAUGAGCAAGAAGCAUCCUGUUGUCGGAGACGUUCGAGGAAUCGGCCUCUUUGUCGGAAUCGAGUUGGUCAAAGAUCAGAACACCAGAGAACCGGCAACUGAAGCAGCUCUCUACAUUGUCAAGAGGAUGAAAGAAAACUUCAUUCUUCUGAGUGCUGAUGGUCCGCACAACAAUGUCUUAAAACUAAAGCCACCUAUGGUGUUCAACAUGGACAAUGCGGACCACUUUGUGAAGGUCCUGGAUGAACUUCUACCUGAGGUUAAAAAUGGAGAGGUUCCGUCGGACAACAUAAUGGCAAGCAAAAACAUGAGGGAAAUGUCAAAAAAUCUACACGACCAGUACCUCAAUGGUCCUCUGGAGCAUAAAAUCAGCAUCGAUGAAGCUGAGAGCAUGAUGAGCAAUUGAUUUGCUACUGGCGUAAUAAUCCUGCAUUCCCAUAAACUCUACCGAGCAACUUUGUGGCUACAUAAUCCUUUUUGCUGGUGCGAAGAAGAGAUAUAUUUUAUAUUAAAAUUUAGACCCACAAUAUCCUUAAAUAUUAAUCAUAGUUUAUUUGUUAAAUGAUUUCUAUUAUGAGAGGGGCCAGGUUAAAGUAUUUGACAGCCUGUUCUGUUUGUUGCACAAUGAGAUUUUUGAAAGACGAGACCGUUAGAGGUUGAUGAGAUAAUCCUCAUUUCCUAAAAAAAAAUUAAAGAUUAGAUUUUUUUAAAGAUUACUGUUUUGUAUUGUGGGUUGGGGGUCAAGUUCACGUUCUAUAUAAUUAUUAUUAUUAAGCCAUUGUCUUGUUGAUAAAAAAAAAUAAAAUAUAAAAGGUAUAAAGCGGUAAAAACUGUCUAAAAAAUA